GUUUUCCACGGUGUCGAGCUGAGAUCAGCCGACUGGUGGCCACAAAGUUUCCCCACCAUCGCCUACCUUCAAGAAAACCUGGAUGGGAGUGGCCAAGCGUUAGUUAUCCCAGUGGCGAGUGGUUGAGAAGACUAGUCAGGAUCCGAGAACCGAUCUGUCCGGUUCUAUCCCAACCGUGGGAGGACUAUAGUGGUGUCUGGAUGACCCUGAUAGAUGACAGGAACAGUGGUGCAAAAACUUUUUGUUGGGUUUCAUGAGAGGGCUCGAGGCGCGACCGCGCUGAGAUGACGGUGACGACAAACUUUUCAAUGAUGCGACCUUGUUUUACUGGAUACCCUUUUCAAGAUUUGGGAUCGAUACCAGGUCAAGGACGCGUUAAUCAACUCGGUGGUGUCUUCAUAAAUGGCAGACCGUUACCAAAUCAUAUCCGACUAAAAAUCGUGGAAAUGGCUGCAGCUGGGGUCAGGCCGUGUGUGAUUUCGAGACAGCUAAGGGUAUCUCAUGGUUGUGUUUCGAAGAUUUUGAACCGGUAUCAAGAAACCGGAAGCAUCAGGCCUGGUGUGAUCGGCGGCAGCAAGCCUAGAGUCGCCACGCCAGAAGUAGAGAGUAGGAUCGAAGAGUAUAAACGCGAUAAUCCGGGAAUAUUCUCGUGGGAGAUACGUGACAGAUUAAUAAAAGAAGGAAUUUGCGAUCGAACUAGCGCUCCAAGCGUCUCAGCGAUCUCAAGGCUACUCCGGGGUCGUGAUCCCGAAGAUGAAACUAAACUUGGCGACCGCGACGGUAAAACGAGUUCCGGGUCUGAUUGUGAGAGCGAACCAGGAAUUCCUCUAAAAAGAAAACAACGAAGGAGCAGGACGACCUUCACAGCUCAUCAAUUAGACGAACUAGAACGGGCAUUCGAACGAACCCAAUAUCCAGACAUUUAUACCAGAGAAGAACUAGCUCAGAGGACCAAAUUAACUGAAGCCAGAAUUCAAGUUUGGUUCAGCAAUAGAAGGGCCAGAUUGAGGAAGCAACUAUCUUCAACUUCUGGUGGUUACGUCAGUUCAGUCGCAUAUCCUGCAGCAUCUUAUGUUUUACAUCCGCCUGCUGCGCCUCAUCCACACGCUGCAACUGCUGUCCCACCGGGUCAUCCGCAUCCUCAUUCUCAUGGACAAACUUUACCUGAUAGCACAUUCUCGUCGAGUCAAGUUCCAGAGCUCUAUUCUUCUCACCAUAGCACAAUGUCUCACCAAUUAACUUCCGAUUCAACUCGUCUUUCCUCAUCUGUCGGAUCCACACCGGCUUACGGUCUUCCAGCAUCGGUAACUUACCCCAGCUCGCUGUUACCAGCAACAUCGUCAACCAGCAGCACUCACAUGAGCCAUCAAAUGUCUCCAGUAGCUGCAGCUUCCUCUUCAACGUAUCAACAGACGACUGGUCUUGCCCACCAACUUCCACCAACACCAAACUCCUUGGUCACCAUGAUGGGUCCAAAUUCUGGAAACUCAAAUGCAGCGUCCGAGCAAUUAACUUCGGCGGACUUACCGAUUAGCUCGGUGUCUCCCGUUCAGCAACAACAACAACAGCAAACAAGUCAGGGAAACUCUUCGCCAACGUGGAAUCUUCCGACUUCUAGCGGAGGAAGAGUUGGACUUCCGAGUCCACCAACGAGUCUACAGCAGUCUCAUGCUCACGCUGCACAUCCUCAUCAAGCUUUCGCUAGUCAUUAUAGCGCUCAAGGUUUUCAACAACCACCCAGGCCUGCUCCGCAUCAACCAUUUUAUAGUUGGUAUUGAGAAGAUUAGGAAUGUGCUGGCACACGACAACAAAUACCACCACUUGACACUAACUAGAUAACGGGCACGGUAGGGUAGCGUAGUUAGCGCCUUAGGUUUCGAACGUUCGGGACCCGGGCUCGAUUCCCGGUGUCCGUAGUCCUAUUUUCCUCCCACGCAUCAAUAGGAAGAAUAAUUAGCAAUACUCCAACAGCCGACAUCUGCGCCCGGCAACUACAGUCAUUAUAGACAAAUAUACCACCUCAGGAAUUUCGAGGAUCUAAAAACAUAAUUUUAAACCGUAUAUAAUUAUAAUUAGAUGAAUAUAUUACAUGAAUAUAUUAGAGGAAUAUAUGAAUGUAUUGAAGCAGAAAUUAUAGAGUGGAUAGUGGAGAGUAGUCAGAAACUAGUAAAUUAGAAGUGCAAUCGAAAGUGUCUCAUUUGGAUAAACGCAUGCGUAUGCGUAAACGGAUACUAAAUAUUCUUUCUUCUCUCUCUCUUGUUAUUUAGUUGUUGGUUUUAAUAGAAAAACUGCAAUGAAGUUACAUGUGUUUCAGAUGUUUUGAAACUUCAAGAUAUUUGUUGAGAUAUUUGAGAGAAAGAGUUAAAAGAAAAUAAGGAGACGAGUAAGAAUGGAAUGACAGUAAAUAAAAUAAUUCCGUAAAACUAUUUUUUAUUCGACCAUUUGCGGAGAGACGCGAUCGCGAGGAAAAUUAUCAUCAGCAGGAGUCGUAAAUUCCUGUUACGAUUAGAUAAUCGACACCACGAAUAGAUCGAUCCCCUUAAUUUUAUUAGGAUAAUAGGAGACGGUUUAAUUGAGUUUAUACCGAAUUAACAGGUAUAAAUUACAACUGUUUCUAAUUUCUAAAAGUUUAUGUUACUUAUUGUAGAAUAAUCGAAUAAUAUUCCGCAAUAGUAAUGUAGUAUCGUGGAAAUUUAGGUAUAAAUUUUUCCUGAUACUAUGUAUAAUUUGUAAUUUAUUUAUAAUAAAUUAGUUAUACAGAUAUUAAUUAGACAGAAAACGAUGAUUGUUUAAUUUGGAACUAAAUGUAACAAUCUUACUUUAAUUUGAUCACUCUCGUAACUGGACAAUGCUAGCAACUCAAUCUCUCUAUCUCUCAAGCAACUCAAUCUCUCUAACAACUUACGCAAUUCGUCAACGCUAGCAACUCAGGCAACUCGACACCGCUAACUACUCUACUCUUCGACUCCUCGAUUAACUCUGACCUCUCGACUCACCCUCACUUCCCAAUCAACAACAACUUUCUAAAUUCAAAUGGUCCUCCUCAAUUAGCUUUAUUUUGUCUUCUCUCUAAUCCCGUCCUGUUAACGCUACGCAAGGACUAGGCGAUUUUAGUCACAUAGUCUUUUUUCCCCAUGAAAACUAACAACUGAAGGACAAACGAUAUUAUUUUGAUCGAUACUGCAAUAAAAUAAAUAUUUGCAGAAUAAGUUAUAAAAUAACCAAAUGGUGAUUUAUAAAAUUUAUUUGUAGAAUUUGAUCCCUUUUAUUGUUAAAUUUGUUACCGCUAUGCAAGGAGAUUUAUUAAUAUUAGUAACUUGCAAUUUAACCUUUACUUUAACCUUUACUAAUAAUAUUAAUUCAAUCGUACAAAGGACUGAAGACCUGCAUUAGAAGAACGUAAGAGAUAAUGAUUAAAAAUUAAUAGCUAUAAAAAUACUACGAGGAGAGAAUUCAAAUAUUAUUUCUGCCAGUAUCAUACCGACUAAGUGCUACAUCUAAGAGCUUAAAAAGAUUAUUUCUAGUUGUGUAAAAAUUAAUAUAAUGAUAAAUUCCUUCGACAAAAUUCUUUACGCAUGAAUAAAUCCAAUGAUUGGAAAAUCACGUUGAAACAAUGUAGCAAUAUAUUGCGAUAAUUAGAGCUAUUUAUGGAAAAAAUCGUGUAUGUUUCUUCUCUUGUAAUAAUUGUAAAGUAAGUUGUAGAGAUUGUGUAUUUUUUGUAGAUUAUAAAGUAGCUAAGAUUAGUUAAUUAAUUAAACAUUGUAAAUAUUCGCUUCUUUUAUUAUCGGUUUUUGGGUUAAAAAUCGAUUAUUUGAUCGUAAUUCGUAUACAAUGCGAUCAAAAAGUAUAUUUAAUAAUAUAAAUAAUUGGUAGUUCCUAACUCGGCAACAUAAGACUAAAUUUUUAAUCGAAAAAUACCUUUCCACACUAAACGAACGAAGUACAAUAAAUUGAAUAUAUUGACAAAAACUGAAUUUGAAGCGUUUAAAUAAAAAUGAACGUUAAAUAAAAAUGUUCAAAUAAAUGAAAACCGAAAAGAAUUAAGAAUGGUGUUUGUAAAACGGAAAACAUUUUUAUUUGAAUUUUCACAAAGUAUUGCUGUAAAGUAUUAUUAAAUUGCAUGUACGUUGUAUUAAGCAUGUACGAUAUCGUAUCUUGAGGAGUAAGAUUACUAAAUAAA